AGAUCAUUUAUCUUUGUAGCUAUAUUUACAACUUUGAUAGCGUGAUGUGCCGAGUUCGACAAAAUUUAUUUUGAGGUUUGAGCUUAAAGAGGACUCGGCGUUUUAAUCUGACUCCCGCCAAAUCUCUCGCCCUCGAACCCUAGGGCUUGCUUGCUCUUUUUUUGUCUCACAUCCAAGCGCUUUAAUCUCCCCUCCUCCUGCACUCUCUCUCUCGUUGUAUCUCGAGCCUGAGUUUUAAUGGCGGACCGCAAGAGAAAACGACCUGUAAAAGCAGACUCAGACUCAGAGGAAGCAUCAUCCUCUAAAGGAGCACUUGCCUUCAAAAAACGCUUAAAACCAGACGAACAAAUCCUUAAUUCCAUUACUGAACUUAGAGCUGCUCAGAAAGAGAAGCCCCAGUCCCUCUCUCUCUCUGACCUAAAUCUGGGCAUUGCUUGCAGAGAAGUCGUUGACCUUGAAUCGACCUCAGUUCGCUUGGCCAUAGAGCACACCAUCCUCUCCAUUGCUGCUUCGAUCCUUGCUGGUAAUGGAUUCUCUUACCAGGUACCCUCUCGCAACAACUCGAAUCAGCUCUAUGUACCGGAGCUAGAUCGAAUUGUUCUCAAAGAUAAGUCCUCUUCUCGCCAGUUUGUUAACCUCUCGACUGUUAGAAAAGCCACCAUUACCACAAGGAUCCUGCAACUUGUUCAUCAGCUCUCUAUCAAGCAAAUCCAUGUUACAAAACGUGACCUAUUUUACACUGACGUCAAGCUUUUUCAAGACCAGAGUCAAUCUGAUAGUAUCCUGGACGAUGUUUCUUGUAUGCUUGGUUGUACAAGAUCAAGCCUCAAUGUGGUGGCAUCUGAGAAAGGAGUAGUGGUUGGGAGGUUGAUAUUCAGUGAUAAUGGUGAUCGCAUCGACUGUACAAGAAUGGGGGUUGGUGGAAAAGCAAUUCCCCCCAAUAUCGAUAGGGUUAGUGACAUGGAGAGUGAUGCCCAUUUCAUUCUUCUGGUCGAGAAAGAUGCAGCUUUCAUGAGACUUGCAGAGGAUCGAUUCUAUAACAGGUUUCCGUGUGUUAUUGUUACAGCAAAGGGUCAACCUGAUGUAGCGACUCGAUUGUUUUUGAAGAAGAUGAAAGUUGAGUUGAAGCUUCCAGUUUUGGCACUAGUUGAUAGUGAUCCAUAUGGACUGAAGAUCUUAUCAGUUUAUAUGUGUGGCUCAAAGAAUAUGUCUUAUGAUAGCUCAAAUCUCACUACGCCUGAUAUAAAAUGGCUGGGCAUUAGGCCCACUGAUCUGGACAAGUACAAGAUACCAGAGCAGUGUAGACUGCCUAUGACCGAGCAGGAUGUGAAGACUGGUAAGGACUUGUUGGAGGAAGAGUUCGUGAAGAAGAAUCCUGGAUGGGUUGAGGAAUUAGGGAUCAUGGUAAAAAGUAGGCAGAAGGCUGAGAUUCAGGCAUUGAGCUCAUUUGGGUUUCAGUAUUUGUCGGAGGUUUAUUUACCUUUGAAGAUCCAACAGAAGGACUGGUUGUAAAUCGACUCAGAUCUUUUUGUUUCCAAUUAAGUCGACGCAGCCUUGAAUCUCAUGACAUUAGCUAUCUAUACCAAUG